AUGUCCGAGGUCGCAUAUACCGCCCGGUCUGAAACUGACCGCGAGACUGCUACGACGACCACCCGAGUCGAGCGCGAGCGUGAUAGCGCUAACUUGAAGCUUCCCUGGAUCAAGCGGAGGGUCUUCUUCUUAUUUGUCGCAUUCGCAUUCUGCGCUGCAGGUGCCGGAGUUGGAUUAAAUGCUAUUAUCAAACUCAACAAUCAGGUUGAUGCUCAAGGGAGGCUGGUUUCUACGACUGACAUGGGAGUCACCAUUGAUAUCAACAACGUUUAUGUCACCGGAAUGCUCUCAGUUGUUGCUUGCUUCGGAAUCGUCGUCACCACGGCUGGAUUUAUUGCAUACACAGUCUGGCCUCGUAGGUCAUAUGGACAAUAUAUCAUGUCGCAAGCUGUGUUCCUCAUGGCGUGGACUGGCUGGCUCUUCAUAACCCUCGUCGCAGAGACCGCAUUCUACAAUACUGGCCGCCCGAGAGUGGUCAUAUCAGGAGACGUCGGAACACUUCGCAUUGACGAUCUCAGGGCAGCCUAUCGCCCAAUCAAAUAUUUGCGAAAUUCGAUCAUUCUCCUCUGGUUUUCGUGGCUUGCGGUGUUUGUUUGCACCAGUGCCUUGUUCAUCGCUGCAAGUCAAGUCAAAAUGUCGCGCUCCCCAGGCCCAAAGAAGUAUGGACUGACGGCAGAAGAAUUGGCGGCACUCCCAAAGCGUGACCCGGGCCACAGACAUGAUCCUGAUGGCCUUGUCCCGAGGAAGGAAAAGGUACCUCGUCCGCCCCCAUCUGCGCUCUCCGGGAAGGAUUCGAGUCCAGUUAUGUCGGACACCGCAGAUGUGGAAAAGGCUCCCGCUGCUGCCGAAGUCGUGCAGUAG